AAUGAAAGCAGUUUUGUGGCAACUGUAUAUGGAGCUGGAAAUGGAGCAACAAUAGUGGUCAAAAAUAUAAAUGCCUUUCUAUUGUUCAACAUGCCUUAUGGUGCUCGAUUCUUUGCAAACAGUGUCAUUAUGCUUUCAGGAAUAUCUGGAUUAGCGUUUUCCAAGUCAUUUGCUCUUGCUAUACUGUCCAUUGUACUUGUUGGUGCAUCAAAUGCUUUUGGAGAAAAUGUUGCACUAGGCUAUCUAUCAAGGUUUGACAGCCACAAUGUGACAGCUUGGGCCAGUGGCUAUGGCUUAGCAGGGCUUCUGGGAGCGUUUUUGUAUGUUCUUUUUGGUUGCUUUAUUAAUGGUGAGGAACAUUCCCAAGAUAUGCGGAACCUGGAUAAGUGGGCAUUCAUCAGUAUUGUACCAGCAGUGGUUGUAUACCUUGCAGUAUCAUUACGUCUAAUCAAAGAGCGUGCUAAACCUGCUAAGCAAAGACAAAUAUGCAACAGAUCCUCAGUUGAUGACCAGACAACUCCACUGUUGAUAAAUACCACAGAUAUUUUACGAGUGCAGCGAGAGGUGCUCAGUGAAACAUCAUCACACAGUCAAAGCAGCAGUCAAAGCAGCAGGGAUGCAUUGUUGACCACUGACAAAGAUGAAGAAAUCGUUUUACCUCUUUCAGCAAAAAUCAAGGAAUUUUUCCUGCAAAUCAGAAGAUGCUUCAGACUUGUUGCAUGGUUAGCAUUCAAUUUGGCUGUUGUACAAUUUAGCAGUUACACAAUAAGAGUGGCAGCUGCCAAGGCAAGGCCAAAACAUGAUACCGCCUCAUGUCCAGAGCUGUAUGCAUCAUUACAACUCUGCUUUCAG